UAUUUCGGUUUGCAGAGCACCGGCCUUGAAGUCUCUGCUGGCUCUCCACGACCAGCCUCGUUCUUUGCUACAACUCUGAAGAAGUAUUUCUCUCCCUUCUUUAGUCCUUCCACAGUUGCGUUAGUAUCUUUGUCACUUGUAGUAGUUGCCUUGGUCCAAUCUCCACCGGAUACCGGUUUGUACUCCACAAUAUAGCCGCUAAUCUUUCCAUUACCAGUUUUACGAGGUUUGGCCCAAGAGAGAGUCACACUAUCUGCAUCCACAUCUGCAAUAUCGAGGUCACUGGGUGGACCCGGAGGAACGAUGGGAUUUUCAGCUGUGAUGGCCUUUUCUGCUUCGAGAGGCUCACCGGGUCCGAAUUCAUUUGCAGCCCUAACUCGGAAUCGGUACUGCCUUCCCUGAGAAAGGUCGCUGACGUCGCAUGUGGGCAUACGAACGAAAGCACUAACAGUGGUCCAUUCAGAACUGCUGCCUUCCUGUUUCUCCACGACAUAGUUGGUAAUAGGUGAACCACCAUUGUCGGUGGGAGGUUUCCAGGAGAGCGUACAGCUCUCGGCUCGAACAUCGGUAAUCUCCAGGGGACCAAUAGGAGCUGCUGGUGGACCUCUAACAUUUACUUGGAUGGCCACCUCAUCUUUACCCUGACUAUUAGAUAAGGAUAUAUUAUAUCGGCCAGUAUCCCCUUUCUCAGCUUUGGUAUUUACGAUAAUCACUUCAUUUGGAGUGAUCUCAACCAUGAAAUUUCCACUGGGAAGUGGAAUUGGCUUUCCAUCCUUCACGACUUCAAUAUUAUCAGGGGGAGUUCCAGAGUAUGGAAUAUGCAUUUUGAAAGGUUUAUCCACCACGGCAUUUAUAUUGCUCAUGAUAUUUUUGCUGAUCUUAGGUGCAGCUGUUAUAUGCGAAAAAAAAUAAAUUAAUACGUGGUAUGAAGUGGUGGGUGGUCAAAAAUAGCAGUCCAUACUUGGUGGAUUCUGGACUAUCACAUUUUCAGUGGGUUCACUUGGUUCACCUUCGCCGGCCAAGUUGACUGGAAUAAUACGGAAUUGGAAUUCCUUUCCAGUUGGAAGGUUCUUGACUACGAAAGAAGUUCCAGUGACGGGUCCGGUAUUUGCUUUUGACCAAUUUCUUUCAUUUUUUGGCCUUUUUUCUACUAUGUAA